GACUAAGCCAGCUCUCUUGUCAAAGGAGUCAUAGCUCUUUUCCUCCUGGGUCUCUGCCUCCUUCCAGCCGGGACUUUUCUUUUGGCUGCUUCUCUGGAUGUUCUAGUAACCAUGAGCCACCAAUUUAGCUCUCAGUCAGCAUUUAGCUCCAGGAGCAGGCGGUUCUAUAGCACAGGCUCUUCUUCAGGCUCUGGCGGUGGGAGUCGGGCUGUGGGGUCUGUGUGUCAGGUCCGAGGCAGGUGUGGUGGUGGUGGCGGUGGCGGGUAUGGGAGCCAUGCCAGGGGGUUUGGUUCUAGGAGCCUCUACAACCUGGGAGGCAGUAAAAGCAUCUCUAUUAGCUUAGUGGGAAGAAGUGCCAGUGGUUUCUGCCAGGGUGGGGGCGCAGGAGGGAGAUUUGGAGGAGGGGGCAGAAGUUUUGGGGGAGGUGCCUUUGGAGGUGGUGGCUUUGGGGGUGGUGGCUUUGGAGGUGGUGGCUAUGGAGGAAGUGGUUUGGGGGGUAGCAAUUUUGGGCUUGGGGGCUUUGGUCCUUCCUGUCCCCCAGGGGGCAUCCAAGAGGUGACUAUUAACCAGAGCCUCCUUCAGCCACUUCACUUGGAGGUGGACCCUGAAAUUCAGAGAGUCAAGACCCAGGAGAGGGAGCAGAUUAUGGUCCUCAACAACAAGUUUGCUUCCUUCAUUGACAAGGUGCGAUUCCUGGAGCAGCAGAAUCAGGUGCUGCAAACGAAGUGGGAGCUGCUGCAGCAGGUAAACACCUCUACUCGGACCAAUAACCUGGAGCCCAUCUUGGAGAACUACAUCAGUGAGCUUCGGAGGCAGGUGGAUUUCCUCAACGCCGAGCAGAUGCGCCAGAACAGUGAAGUUAAGAACAUGCAGGAUGUCAUGGAGGACUACAAGAACAAAUACGAGGAAGAGAUCAACCGGAGGGCCAACACUGAAAAUGACUUUGUCGUCCUGAAGAAGGAUGUGGAUGCUGCUUACAUGAGCAAGGUAGACCUGGAGUCCAAGGUGAAUGUCCUCUUUGGAGAGAUCAGUUUCCUGAAGUAUUUAUUUGAAAUGGAGCUGUCCCAGAUGCAAACCCAUAUCAGCGACACCAAUGUCAUCUUGUCUAUGGACAAUAACCGCUUCCUGGACCUGGAUAGCAUCAUCGAUGCAGUGAGGACCCAGUAUGAGCUAAUUGCACAGAAGAGCAAGGAUGAGGCUGAGGCGCUGUACCAGACCAAGUACCAGGAGCUCCAGAUCUCAGCGGGAAGACAGGGAGACGAGCUGAAGAACAGCAAGAUGGAGAUCACUGAGCUCAACCGCACCAUCCAGAGGCUACAGGCAGAGAUCGGCAAUGUCAAGAAACAGAUUGAGCAGAUGCAUGUGGCCAUUUCGGAUGCAGAGGAGAGAGGAGAGCAGGCCCUUCAGGAUGCACGGCAGAAACUUGGGGACCUGGAGGACGCCCUGCAGCAGUCCAAGGAGGAGCUGGCGCGGCUACUGCGUGACUACCAGGCGCUGCUGGGGGCCAAGCUGUCCCUGGACGUGGAGAUCGCCACCUACCGCAAGCUGCUGGAGGGCGAGGAGAGCAGGAUGUCUGGGGAGCUGCAGAGCCAUGUGAGCAUCUCUGUGCAGAGCAGCCAGACGACCGUCAGCGGCGGGGGCGGCGGGGGCGGCAGCAGCCGUGGCUCUGGAGGCUCCGGCGGCGGCGGCUCCCGUGGGAGCGGAGGCAGCUACGGCGGGGGCUCCCGAGGGGUCAGCGGAGGUGGUUACGCGGGUGGCGGCGGCGGCGGGAGCUACGGCGGAAGCAGCCGGAGCAGCAGCAAGUACGCGGGCAGAGGCGGCGGCGGCGGCUCCUCCCGCGUGCAGAUCAUCCAGACCUCCACCAACACCUCCCACAAGCGGAUCCUGGAGUAGAGGGAGGCUCACACACACCCGCGCCCGCAAGGCGCUAUCCUGUCCCCUCCCCCGCGCCCUUCCUGAACCCUUCUCACUUACCUUUCUCUCCUGGGUCUCAGCAGCUUUGCUAACACAUUCCACGGUAGCGGGAGAAGCAGGUGGAUAACCCCAAAUUGCAGAUCUGGCUUUGGAGGGCGCUGGUUGGCGGUCAGAAUCACAGCCAGACGGCUCUCCGCUCAGACUCCACUCAGCUGGCCCUGCUCCUGCCCCUGGGGACACCCAGGGCCCCAGUUUAGCACUGGAGAAAGAGAGCCUGUAGACUAUCCACCAAGCGGAUGAUGGAGAGUUAAUGUCAAGGAUAUCAGGUUUCCUGCAUCUUUCCUGCACCUGGGAUGCCCUGUGAACAGUAAUCCAUCCCUUAGGGGACCUGCAGAAUGAGGACUUUGGGCCAGUAGCUUGGCAAGAGGAACCUCUGUGCCACGGACCCAUUCCUGUCCAUUGGUCUGUUAGCCUCAUA